GGAAGCAGAACCGAUGCGAGCGAAGGGGAAGGACGUCGGUCGCUGUGACAAGGGGAUUCGGUGCGCGAGUUCUUUGCCGAUUGAUUACUCGCUAGCUCUGGAUCUCUGCCCCCGAACCCACCCCGCGCCUCGAUCCGGCCCGCCCCGCCUCCCCUCCCCUCCCCCGGGCGCGCGUCGCCCGGGAGCCCGCAGAGAGCGGCGGCCGGCGAGCCCGGCACCAUUGGCGCGCGCCUCGCGGCCCGGGGCACCGGCGGCGCUUUGUUCGGCGGAUCCGCAGAGGCCUGGUCGCCGGGCGGGCCGCGCGCGAUGGGGCGAUCCAGUCCAAGGCCAUCUCCGGCAGGUCAUGGACCGACAUCGGCGACGUAGACGAGACCUCCGCGGGUCACUCCGUGCUGAUCCGCGGGUUCGCGCAGACGAUCCGCCCGGUCAGCAAGAAGAUGGGCUUCGUCGUGCUGCGCCAGCGCAGGAGCACCGUGCAGUGCCUGCUGGUCGCCAGCACCGACGCCGGCGUCAGCGCGCAGAUGGUUCGCUUUGCCGCCUCGCUCACCAAGGAGAGCAUCGUCGAUGUCGAGGGCAUCGUCACCCCCCUCAAGGAGCCCCGCAAGGAUCUCACACAACUAGUGGAGAUUAGGGUCAGCAAGAUCUAUUGCACCAAUAGGGCGAUCUCCACACUUCCCUUGAACUUUGAGGAUGCAGCGCGUACCAAAGCAGAAUUCGAGGCGGCUGAACAAAAAGGAGUGCCGAUGGUACAUGUUCACCAGGACACACGCUUGAACUAUCGACCUAUCGAUAUUCGGACACCUGCGAAUCUUUCAACCUUCAGUAUCGAACACCAUGUCGAGAACAAAUUCAGAGAAUUUUUGUUCUCGAAGAAUUUUAUUGGGAUCCACACUCCAAAGCUGAUUGGUGGAUCAAGUGAAGGUGGUGCAUCUGUAUUCAAGCUGGAUUACAAUGGCCAGCCUGCUUGCUUAGCGCAAUCUCCACAAUUAUACAAGCAGAUGGCUAUCUGUGGCGGUUUUGGCCGCGUGUUUGAGGUUGGUUCCAUAUUUAGAGCAGAAAAGUCAAAUACUCACAGGCAUCUGUGUGAGUUUAUUGGGCUAGAUGCAGAAAUGGAGAUCAAGGAGCACUACUUUGAGGUUUGUGAUAUCAUAGAUGGCUUAUUUGUAGCGAUAUUUGACCACUUGAAUGAACAUUGUAAAGAGGAACUCAAGGAAAUAAAUAGGCAGAAUCCAUUUGAACCUCUGACGUACCUAGUGCAAACGUUGAAGCUAACGUACGAGCAAGGGAUUCAAAUGCUGAAGGUGUUCAGCAAGGAUUUCUAUACACGCUCAAGAAGGUGGCACGCGUGGAAGUGCAUUGUCGAGUUGCAUCUAACAAGUGUUGCGGGUGCUCAACACCGACCACAAGCUUUCUCCAUCAUUUAUUUGUUCUAUGAAAGGGUGAUACGGAGAAGAAGGCGACCCGAGCGGUAAUGCCAAAAGCAGAGCAAAGCUUGGAGCCUGAUGGUAGGAAAGUUCAUUAUCUUCGAUAAGUGUCACAUGAACUUCAACUGUAUUGAGAAUUUGCACAUUUUCACGCGUUGUUGAGGGUUUUAUGGGAUAAUUGGCGCAUCCAAUAUAUAUUCUAAAUAUGUUUACAUGAUUAUAUGUUUUCUCAAUAAUCUUGUAAUUAAUUUCUAGACGAAAAACAAAAACAUUUCAUGUCAAUUAAUUUUUUAUAGCUUUGAUUA